CGACAUAUUGAGACUUUAUUGGAUAUGUAGAUUUCGUUUGUGAUGCGCGCGUUCACGUGCGUUACAGGUUGGAGACGCGCAGUGGUUCGUUUGGAUGGGAGGCGCUGCGCGUUCUUUAUCAUUUGCAGAUCCGGCCAGCAGACAGCCGAAAGCGCUUUUGAGAGAACAAUUAAAUAAAGUAGACACAUCUAAAGAUGCAAACGCGUGUUUGUUUGGAGAUUAAUGACAUUCAAACGAAAACGACAAUGCUGUGAAGCAAACUCCAGAACAUCCAUUCACUAAAUAACAUUAUGGAAGACCCCGGUGGCUUUAUUUGAUGAGAGAAGAUGGGAGACGACAACAACAGCACUUUAAAUUGGACAUGGGCCUUGGGACAAAGCCCCCCACUGGAUAACAUUAUGCCGAAUUACGACAUUCCUCUGGAUUACGAGAUUCCAAUAGACGAAAUCCCAGACACGACUCAAGGCCAAGCGUUCUUUGUGGCUACGAUCGUCAUCGGCAUGGUCCUGGUGUGCAUCAUGCUAGUGUGCGGCAUUGGAAAUUGUGUCUUCAUAGCCUCAUUGGCACGUUACAAAAAACUUCGAAAUCUGACCAAUUUGCUCAUCGCCAAUUUGGCAAUAUCAGACUUCCUGGUGGCGACCGUGUGCUGUCCGUUUCUGGUGGAUUAUUACGUGGUGAAACGCCUAUCGUGGAGUCACGGGAUUGUGCUCUGCGUCUCCAUAAACUACCUGAGGACCGUGUCUCUGUACGUAUCCACGAAUGCUCUGCUAGCCAUCGCCGUGGACAGAUACAUGGCUAUCGUUCAUCCCCUGAAGCCACGUAUGAAGUAUCAAACGGCGUACUGGAUUAUUUUUGGGGUUUGGAUAAUCCCCAUCCUCAUCUCUGUACCCUCGGCUUACUUCGCUACAGAACAGGAGUAUCCGCACGGCACUGUGGGCCACGACAAAAAGGUCUUCUGCGCCCAGAUCUGGUCCGCGGACCAGCAACUUAUUUAUCGCACCUACUUCCUGUUCAUAUUCAUCGUUGAGUUUUUGGGACCCGUGAUCACCAUGGCGAUCUGCUAUGCCCGCAUCUCCAAAGAGCUUUGGUUCAAGAACGUCCCAGGGUUUCCGACAGAGCAACUGCGCAGACGGCUGCGUCGCCGACGCCGGACGGUCGUAGCGUUGAUCGCGGUUCUGGUGGCGUACGUCUUGUGUUGGGCGCCGUACUACAGUUUUACACUGCUGCGGGACUUCUACCCAGCGCUGAUCACGCGCGGUCGAAACUCACUGGUGGUUUUCUACAUCAUCGAGUGCAUCGCUAUGAGCAAUGGGGUCAUCAAUACUCUCUGCUUUGUGAGUGCCAAGAACAAUGCCACAAAAUGUUUCAUGGCUAUCAAACUCGCCAACUGGCGCUCGGUCACGAGGGUCAUCGUUGGCAAAGUAACAGAGGACGACAUCAGGACUUCAUCUUUGCGAGUGACCGAGGAUGUUGAGUGUACACGGAUUAAGUAAAAGCCUUCCUACUGAACAGACCAGAUAUAACCAGCCUAAGCUGGUUUCCCAGCCUAGUUUUAGCUGGUCAGGCUGGAAGACCAGUGACCCACCAGCUUAAACCAGCUUGACCAGGCUGGAAGCUUGGCCAGCUUGGCUAAGCUGGUUGGCUGGUUUAAAAUGGAAGUAGCUGGUUUAAUGGAGUUCACCCAAAAAUGGUUCCUAUUGACUUGACCAUAUAAUAUUUAUUCCUACCAUAAAAAGUUAAUGGGCACCAUUUUUUGGGUGAACUACUGCUUUAAGCUGCCCCCCCCCCCGGCAAAGCUGGUUUUUCAUCCUGGUUUUAGCUGGUGGGUCAGCUGGUCUCCCAGCCUGACCAGCUAAAAAGUGGCCUGCUAUACAAGCUUAACCAGCUAAAACCAGAUUGGAAGACCAGCUAAAACCAGCCAACCAGCUUAAGAUGGUUUAAUCUGUUUUUUUCAAUAGGGCUAAAAAGGUUUACACAUGCGUACAAUACUCAAGGCUCAUAUAACUCAAUGUGAACAUAUUAUUAAAUAAAGAUUUGCACAGAGAGGCAAAACAAUAGCAUAGUUUCUGCAAGAGGUUUAAAUCACAUAACUUAUGAUCGCUUUGGGAGAUGUUAUGUGAUUUAAAUAAUGAAGUUGUUAAGAGGCGGGCCUGGUUUAUGGGCAACUAUGAAAAAUAGCAUGUUUUCCACAUGUAAAUUCUUCUUUAUGAAAUAUAUUUGCAAACUGAGGUACAAGACUCACAAAGGGUGAUAUUCAUCCGAAUCCAAUUAUCCUUCAAGGUUGCAGGAGGGCUGGAGACUUUCCCAGCAUCUUUGGUCAUACACAUAGGGGAAAAAAAAUCAGUGAAAUCGCUUUAAGACAUCAAUGGAGAGGACAUGAAAAGCCUCCUGUCUCUCAGAUAUUUCUCCUCAGAUAAAGAACCAGAAAGUCUCCAUUUAGAAGAUAUCUCAACAAUGUCACAAAAUGAGCUCAGAUUUGCCAAAUCAAGUUCAUAUUAAUGAAGAUUUCAAUACGAACUCAAACAUUUCUCAUCAAAUGUAUUCAAAUCCAGAUUAUUUUACCUACACAGUUUAUGUGAUCUUAAUAGCUCUGUUAUCUUAAUGUAUUUUAACAAUUGUCUCAUUUGUUUCUAUUUUUAUUUCUAAGCAAUUUUAGGAGAAACUAAGUUAUAUAUAAAUGAGACCUAGCAAAGAACUCCAUCAGGGGUCUUCUGCUGUUGUAGCCCAUCCGCCUCAAGGUUGUGCGUGUUGUGGCUUCACAAAUGCUUUGCUGCAUACCUCGAUUGUAACGAGUGGUUAUUUCAGUCAAAGUUGCUCUUCUAUCAGCUUGAAUCAGUCGCUCAUUCUCCUCUGACCUCUAGCAUCAACAAGGCAUUUUCACCCACAGGACUGCUGCAUAUUGAAUGUUUUCCCUUUUCACACAAUUCUUUGUAAACGCUAGAAAUGGUUGUGUGAGAGAAUCUCAGUAACUGAGCAGAUUGUGAAAUACUCAGACCGGCCCGUCUGGCACCAACAACCAUGCCACGCUCAAAAUUGCUUAAAUCACCUUUCUUUCCCAUUCUGACAUUCAGUUUGGGGUUCAGGAGAUUGUCUUGACCAGGACCACACCCCUAAAUGUAUUAAAGCAACUGCCAUGUGAUUGGUUGAUUAGAUAAUUGCAUUAAUGACAAAUUUGGGCGGGGUGUUCCUAAUAAUCCUUUAGAUGAGUCUAUUUUACAAGUUGG